AUGACGAGGCUUGAGUAUCAUUGCUCUGUGAAGCACGACGAGCGCAACGGCAACAACAACUUGAUCACAGUCGACCGUGUCUUGCCUGAGACGAAGAAGCCUCAAGGCCUUGAGAUCUCCUUCGAGAGGACCAUUCGCGUUCCCGACAACAAGGAGUUGUCCCACCUCCCUCCUAGUCUCGGUUCCUUCCCACUGUACAAGGUCCAAGACUAUGCCCACCGUCUCCCCCAAAGCAUGGCCACCGCGCCCUUCAUGAUCAAGAUUUACUGCGGAUAUAUCAAUGUGGUGUCAGGCGAGCAUGCCGCCGAGCGCACCGAGACCAAGCAGCGGCGGGCGAAGCUUCUUGAACAAGGUGAGCUCAUCCAAGACUAUUUUGUCCUACCGGAACAGCCUUGGAUCGACAGCGUGGCCAUCAAGCCUGCGGUUCGUCGCGGCUACACAGUUGAAGCUCAGAUCACUGGCGAAGAAGUUGUUGGGGGACUGACCUUUGAGAUUACACCUGGCCUUUGCGAGGAGCCGCCCGCAUGUCCGACUGACGCAGAGGCUGCACUAUGGGUGGUUGAUAUGGGACUGAUAUACGCCGCGCGGAACGCGUCCUCGGUCCACCUGCACCAGGGCGCCACUCUCGUCUUCCAGAGCGCCGACCAGUCCAACAGCGCCGGUGAGAACGGGACGCCAGGCUUCUCGACUUACAGCUUCGUCUACCCGCGCAACAGCUCCAAGCGGGGUGAGCCGCGGGCCCUGCCCAGCUUCGUCAGCCUCCUGUUCAUCACCGAGGCCCUCGGGGACGGCUCCGGCGCCCAGGUCGCGGCACUGGACACGCCCGCAGGUCUCAGCAAGGACCAUUUCUCGUCCUAUGCCUUCUAUAAGGACGACUUCCUGGGCAAAAUCGCUCUAAUCAACCUGAAGCCAUUUUAUAAGAACUCGACCGAGGACUUCACCGUCACCGUCGACCUGUCCCAGUACACCCAAGACCUGAAGUCCCCGGCCCAGCUGAAGCGUAUGACGGCUCCGCACGUCGAUGAAGGAAAGACGGAAAAGACCACCUGGGCAGGGCAGUCUUUUAAGAACGGUGAGCCGACUGGGGAACUUGAUAUUGAGGAGAUCGGCGAGGACGGGUUGGUUGAGGUGAGGGGAAGCGAGGCCGUUCUCAUAUUCCUUGACGGUAGCUCUGUAUAUGCCUCGUAG